AUGGAUCCAAAGGAGAAGAAACAAAAGCUUGACACAUCAGGUAUCGCAAGUCCCUCUCUGUCAAAGAAUAAAGAUUUGGUAAUCUCAAGUCCCUCUCUAUCAAACAAUAAAGAUUUGGUAAUCUCAAGUCCUUCUCUAUCAAAAAUUGAUGUGGAUGAAGCGAUGAAGAAGCAAAACGAUGUCACUAUGUUACUUGCUGGGAAAGUAAUCCCUGCCAUAGCCAAAAACUCUAAUUUCGUCUUCUCUCCUGUAACAAUCAACGCGGUACUCACCAUGGUUGCUGCUAGCUGCGAUGAAGAAAGUGAAGAGCUAAGAUCCUUCAUCCUCUCUUUCCUUAGGUCUUCUUCAACCGAUGAACUCAACGCAGUUUUCCACAAAGUCGCUUCCGUUGUCCUCGUUGAUGGAAGCGAAAAAGGCGGCCCCAAAAUCGCGGUCAUUAAUGGAGUUUGGAUGGAGAAAUCUUUAUCUAUUAGUCCCUUGUUGAAAGAUCUCUUUGAGAAUUUCUUCAAGGCUGCUUUCGAGCAAGUUGAUUUCCGAUCCAAGGCUGAAGUAGUUCGUAUGGAGGUGAAUUCUUGGGGAUCACGUCACACCAAUGGUCCUAUCAAAGAUCUUCUUCCUGAUGGAUCAGUUACAAGCCAAACCGAGUGGGUUUAUGGAAACGCAUUGUAUUUCAAAGGAGCUUGGGAAACAAAAUUCAAUAAGUCAAUGACGAAAAGCAAACCUUUUUACCUUCUCAAUGGAACAUCAGUGUCUGUACCAUUCAUGACAAGCAGUGUUAAACAAUACAUUGAGGCUUAUAAUGGCUUCAAGGUCCUCAGCCUUUCUUAUAAACAAGGCCUUGACGUCGAUAUAUACCGCGAGUUCUCAAUGUACUUCUAUCUCCCGGACAAGAAAGAUGGAUUGGAUCAUCUUUUAAAGACGAUGGCAUCUACUCCUGGAUUCUUGGAUAGUCACAUUCCCAAAGGCAAAGUUGAAGUUGGUAAAUUCAGAAUUCCAAAGUUUAAGAUCGAAUCAGGGUUUGAAGCUUCAAGUUUUUUCAGUGACAUUGAGCUUGAUGUGUCUAUGUACCAAAAAGUUUUGAUUGAGAUCGAUGAAGAAGGUACUGAAGCUUUCACUUUCGCUGCUGCUCAGCGUAAAUACUUUGGGUGCGGUUUCGUGAGGACGCUAGAUUUUGUAGCAGAUCAUCCAUUUGUUUUCUUGAUUAGAGAAGACCAAACUGGAACUGUUUUGUUCGCUGGCCAAAUCUUAGAUCCUUCUGCUUAG